AUGGCCUCCACACCAAGCCACUUUGGUGGGCAGACUCCAAACGGAAAUCCCACAGCCAGUAAAAGGACCGCUGGUCAAGCAUCGUUGGAAGUAGGACCAGACGGGAAAAAGCCCAAGUUCCAUGGCUGCUCCAAAAUCUCGAAUUAUAUCAUGAUGUCCAAGCUUGGAGAGGGAACCUUCGGAGAAGUACACAAAGCCGAAUCGCGCGUCACCGGACAGAUUGUGGCAAUGAAAAAGAUUCUGAUGCACAACGAGAAGGAUGGUUUUCCAAUCACUGCGAUCCGAGAGAUAAAGCUACUGAAGAUGCUGUCUCAUCCCAAUAUCUUGAAGCUGGAAGAGAUGGCUAUUGAGCGAAUAAAAGGAGAAGGGCGGAAAAAAGCGAUAAUGUACAUGGUCACCCCGUAUAUGGAUCAUGACUUGUCCGGCCUCCUCGAAAACCCUUCAGUACAGUUCACCGAGCCUCAGAUCAAAUGCUACAUGAUACAGUUGCUCGAGGGAGUCGCUUACUUGCACACGAGCAAAAUACUGCAUCGCGAUAUGAAGGCUGCCAAUCUCCUCAUCAACAAUCACGGCGUACUUCAGAUUGCCGAUUUCGGUCUGGCUAGACCUUACGACGAUCCUCCGCCGCAAAGAGGAAAGGGCGGUGGCGAAGCUACGAGAGACUAUACUACGCUUGUGGUCACUCGCUGGUACAGACCUCCCGAACUACUUCUUACAUUGCGCAAAUAUACUUCAGCUAUAGACAUGUGGGGUGUGGGUUGUGUCUUUGGAGAGAUGUUCAAAGGGAGACCCAUCCUGCAAGGAAAUACCGACCUCAACCAGAUACAUUUAAUCUUCGAUCUAAUGGGAUCACCGAACGAAGAAAACAUGCCUGGAUGGAGUACUUUACUCGGCUGUGAGGGAGUCAAAUCCUUUCCACAACGAAAGAGCACCCUCUCGCAAACCUUUCGAGAGCAGGGACCUUCGUUCAUCUCUCUGUUAGGGGAGCUGCUGAAGCUUGAUUGGCGCAAGCGCGUCAACGCCAUCGACGCUCUUGAACAUCCGUAUUUUAAAAACCCUCCGCUUCCAGCCAAGCCUGGCGAGAUUCCUCAAUUCCAAGAAUCACACGAAUUAGACCGAAAAAAGUUUCGCGAGCAGAAAGCCAAUCUCCCUCCAGCACCAGCUGGUGGUACUGUCGGGAUGGGUCCGGAUGGGGACUUUGUCAACGCUGCUGGUCAUUUGAAUCAUAAUGGUCAGUACCGAUCUCGCGGAGGCCUCGGAGCAUACUCGAACGAGCAGCAAGCAUAUCCACCUAGGCAUACUGGCUACGACAAUCGACAGCAUGGUCUGCAGCGAGAAUUCAGAGGGCCACCUCCACCUCCGGGACCUCCGCCACCGCAAAAUCGACGUCCAGCUUGGCCUCCAGAAGCGAAUGGGUUACCGCCAAGACCCCCACCUCCAAUAAAUCCCGUAUGGGGAGGCCAGGUUCACCGAGGAAGUGUUCCGCGUGAUGAGACAAGAGGAAGGCCUCCGCCGCGUGAAGGAGGGAUGAAGGACAUCGUGACCGUGAUGAUGGACGUCGAGGUCGAGAUGACGGUCAGCGGCGAGAUGAUAGGGGUGAUAGAGGGCGGCAAGGGGAGAGAAGGGAGCAAGAACAUCGAGAUCCUGGACGAAGGAGGAGUCGAAGUCCUGAACGAGAUCGUAACAGGGAGCUUUAUCGGCGGUGAGCCCAGUCCUGAACGUUUUAUGAAAUCUAAUGGCAUGGCUGCUUUGAAGGCUGGAUCAGAGUUAUCCGGAGUUGGGUGGACAAAGGUCUCCGUCACAGCACAUGAUUCAACGGAUUUUGACUAUGCGGAGAGUUUUACAGAGGCCAAACUUCCGGGUGUUGCUUAG